AUGGAUCAUGAAAGAUCAAGUACUGAUCAUAGUACAGAUAAAGUGCUUGUCGACGAAGUGAUGCUUCCAGGUUUUAGGUUUCAUCCAACGGAUGAGGAGCUUGUUGGGUUUUAUCUCAAGAGGAAGAUUCAGCAACGCCCUCUCUCCAUUGAGCUCAUCAAACAGCUUGACAUCUAUAAAUAUGAUCCCUGGGAUCUUCCUAAGUUGGCGAGUACGGGAGAGAAAGAGUGGUAUUUCUACUGCCCUAGAGACAGGAAAUACAGGAACAGUGCAAGGCCGAACCGGGUUACCAGAGCUGGGUUUUGGAAGGCCACGGGAACCGACCGGCCCAUUUACUCCUCAGAGGGCACCAAGUGCAUUGGCUUGAAGAAAUCUCUUGUUUUCUACAAAGGCAGAGCUGCCAAGGGCGUCAAAACUGACUGGAUGAUGCAUGAGUUCCGCUUGCCUUCUCUUACCGAUCACUCGGUUCCUUCAUCGAAGAGAUCACUGGACAAAAGCUUUCCAGCUAAUGAUUCAUGGGCAAUCUGCAGAAUAUUCAAGAAAACCAACUCAACAGCUCAAAGAGCUCUUUCUCAUUCUUGGGUCUCUCCCUUACCAGAACCAAUUAGCUCAUCUGAUCAUAUUUUGUUUGCCAAACCCACAAAUAACAGUCAGUUUAGUUCAGAGACGAGCAUUAAUAUGUCGCUCACACCAAGAACCAGUACUCCUACUUCAUCAGCCAACUAUUUUGGUAGCUCUAACAACGACAUGCAAAACUCAUCCCCCAAUAGUACUACUACCACUUUCUCUCCCGUUGACUUUGUCCCCUACAAACCCUAUUGCGCAGACUAUUCUCCUAACUUGCUAUUUCCACCUCUUCAAACUACUUCUGGAGUGCAAGCUGCAAAUGACAAUAUUACCCCUUCCAUGUUGUUGAACAUGUCUUCCAUUCUUGGAAACAAUCAUUUUGGUUGUAGUAGUACUUCUAAGGCUUCUCAUCAUGAGGAUCAUAUAGACUUGAUCAGUGGACUAUCAUCAGUACAAGAACACUGUAAUAGUAAUGGCUUCUCGUAUGAUCAUAUACUACAAGAAAAUCUAGGCAAUAAUAUUAUCGGUACUUAUGAUCAUAUGAUCAAGAAUCACUCAGAAGCUCAUCAUGAUCAGUGGGAGGCUGUUAGAUCCCUUGGAUUUCCCUUCAAUUUGCCUUUGCCUUUGAGUACCGUCGUGGCGGAUCCGUGGAAACCGAGCAUGAUUUGGGACUCUUUGCCAUGUCCAACUGAAAUGUCCACAAAUUUCCCCACUACCAAAUGCUAUACUUAG